AGUACAAUUCGGUUAGCAAGGUGUAGUUGCUGUAGUUCGGUUUGUUAUACAAUACAGUGAAGAUGGCAGACACAGGAGAAACAGCGGCAGCAGUUGCACAAUCGCCAAAGAAGAAGGCUGUGGCUAAAACAAAGAAGGCGAAGGCACCGGCAAGUCACCCGAAGUAUUCCGAGAUGGUGCAAUCAGCCAUCACUAGUCUGAAGGAAAGAGGAGGCUCCUCUCGCCAGGCGAUUAUGAAGUACAUCAAGGCGCAUUACAAGGUUGGAAACGAUGACAAGAUCAUCAAUGCUCACCUGAAGAUGUGCUUGAAGCGAGGAGUAACUAGUGGUCAACUGAAGCAAGUCAAGGGCACAGGGGCUUCUGGAAGUUUCCGUCUUGGAGAGCAGACCGCUGAGAAGACGCCGAAGACUAAAGCGAAACCUGCAGCGAAGAAAGCAGCAGCAAAGCCGAGGAAGCCUGCAGUUAUAUCAAAGAAAACUACGGAGAAGCCUAAAGCUAAAACAGCAGCAGCAAAAAAACCGAAGACGGCCAAGAAACCUAUUCAGGCUAUUGCAAAAAAGGCAGCAAAAUCAACAAAGAAAUCUCCUGCAAAGAAAGCUGCUAAGCCAAAGACGGUAAAGAAAGCAGCCACUAAGAAGACACCAAAGAAGGCGAAACCAGCAAAGAAAUCUCCCAAGAAGGCAGCGAAGUAAUCUUCUAGCUAGUGAUCUGUAUCGAGAAGAGUUUUGUAAUGUAAAUAUUAUUGUAAAUAUAGUUGGUGUAGCAUCAUUACUUUUAACGAUCAAUCAUUUAUUGUAAAAUCGGAUUUUCCCUUAGUUUUCGCAACACUAAACGUAUUUUUGAACUCUGCGUUUUUUUAUCGAUCUUCGUACACCGUGUUGGCUAUAUGAAAUCUUUGUUUAUUCACAGCAAUAAAUUUUUAUUGUAUCGUAUAA